CCACACCAUGUUGGCCACGCAUCGCCAUCGGUGCCAUCGCGCGUCCGUUUGUGUGGCCAGUGCGCUGUUGGCAGUGAGGCAUGCUUCACAGCUACCCUUCACAUGUGUCGUGGUUCGCCACGGUGAGACUGAUUGGAACAGGCAGCUGCGUGUUCAAGGCACUACGGAUGUGCCGCUGAAUGCACGUGGCCGCCUGCAAGCAGAACGGUGUGCAGAUUCGGUAUUGACCCAGUUUCGGCACCGCCUGUGUCCCUCGGAGCGCUCCACGCCGAUCCUCUCCAGUUCCCUGCAGCGCGCCGCGGACACGGCGCAAGCCAUCGCAAGAGCGGUGACGGCGGAGGUGCACAAGGACAUCCGUUUGAACGAGUGGAAUCUUGGAGUGAUCGAGGGAAUGAGU